AUGUCAAAGAGGUAUUUUUUUCAACAAUUUGCAAAAAUAUAAUUAUUUUAUUCAUUUUAGGAGCAAACCAGCCGAUUCGCCGACAAAAAAACCUUCGACUGACUUUGCCAAGAAGGCCGUGAUCCAAGGGCCGAAAUUGGAGAAAGUCAAAGUGGCCAAAGUGGAAACUAAACUCGCCGAGUUGGUUUCAAUUGAUAAACUGAUGAAAAUAAUAUAUUUUAGAGCUCCAAAACCACCGAAGGUGGAAAAAGUGGAAGAAAAAGCUGAAUCGCCUCCUAAGACCUCAGUUGCCGCAAAUAAAGUGGUUGACAGAUUUCGAAAAAGAGAUGUUGAAUUGUUUCAUGUGCAGGAAAUGGAAGACAAAAGUGCGGUGAGGAAAUCGGCGCUGAACAUGAAAGACGAGGAUGCGAAGAAAAAAGCAGCGGCUGAUGAGGUGAAAAAUUAUAAAAUGAGGGGUUCAUUCAAGGUAUUUCAUUUAUAUAAAAACAAUGAAAAUCGAAAAAAGUUAAGAUAUAAAAGGAUGAAAAGAUUCAUUUUCAAAUAAUAAUUUUUAAAAAAACCUUACAAGUCCUACUAAGCCACAAGAUUUAGGGAGUUUGAUGAAUUUCAAGAUAUGAAGCCUCUGAAAAUUAUGAACAGUAAAAAUAACAAGUUUUUCGACUUGCAAAUGAAAAUUUCAAAAAAUGGGGCGACUAUUUAAUUUUUAAAUAAUCAGAAAAUUGCUUAUUUUAUAACUUCAAGGUCUCUCUCAGCCACAAGAAAGUAAUUCGAUGAAAUUCAUGACUUGUAGAGUCAAAAAGGUGUGAAGCACAAAAAUGAAAAGUUUUAAUAAGAAAAACUGUCAAAAAAUAAUCGAGAAUUCAAGAUCAAAAACUCGAGUUCCCGCGAAAAAGUUACUCGACCGUCUCGUUCUUUUCUCAUUUUUAUUAUUUUGCUCCCAAUAACUUUAUUUUGAAAGCUUUUCUGUUAUUCUUAUUUAGUUUUGAAAGUUCUGUCAUCAACUUUGAUUUUACAAAGUUGUAAACAUUUAAUUUCACAAACUUCAAACAGGAAAGACUGUGAGAAAAUAUAGGAAAAACCCUUUUUUCACCACAACUUUCUUGUAUGGAGUUUAAUCCUCCCAAAGCAUUUUGGAGUUUUUAUGACUGUUAUUUGUAACACUCUGGAGUACAUUUAGUUCGCAGAAAAAAAAAACUAGGUUUUUUGCGCUUCCUUUUUCAGUGGUUCUCGAGAAAGCAGUUAUCAUAAGUUGAACUAUGUUCUUUUUAGAAAGCAGCGGCACAAAAAGCUCGACGAUUUGGAACAGUUACCGCUUUGGCUGACCGAUUUAAAGAACCUGUUAAAACGGAGGAACCCAUUUUGUUCGUUUUUUUCUGAAAGUUUGGACGAUUUCUAUUUUUUCAUAAUGUUGAGUAUAAAAGAUAUAUUGAAGGUACAAAAGAUCUUCGCGUUUGGUGGCAAAAGACGAGGAAAAGCCGAGAAGAAAGUACGAGAUCGUCAAGCCCGUCCUCAACGACGACUUUGAUAAACAAGUUCGAUUUGAAUUUAACGGAAAAAUAUGGGAGGCGGCGAGAUAUCAACAGCGACCUGAAGAGACGGCAAAGAAUGCAAGACAAUCGUUUUCUCUGUCAGUCUCUUCAGGCCGCGACUGAUCUCUCGUCUCCACUCAUUGACGAUUCAAUUUUCAUGGUCCUCCUUUCUCUGUAAACUUUAUGCAAUGACUAGAAUUCGCUAAACUUUUUUAUAACUCUCUCCUUCAGAUGGAAGAAAUCCGGAUGCAGAUGAAAAGUGGCUCGAAUCAGCUACAAAGUCAGAUGAAGGAAAUGUCGAAGGGCAUCGCCAGCGUCUCCAGCGAGGCCAAAAACAGUGCGAUGGAGCAGAAAAGACGCGACGUCGUUCAGAAAGCCACUGGAGCUUUUGGGUACCUAUGACAUCAUAUUUAUCAAAAAGGGCUGCGCUUUGACCGGCCGUGUUGGCCAAAUUCCAAGGCAAAAAGUUUCGAAAGCUUUGCGACCGCGUUGAAAGACUUCGGCCAGCGCACAGCUCUGAAACGAAACAUAGUUUUGCGUUUAUUAAGUAACCCCGUUAAGAUUCAAACUCAUUUUAGAAACGAAAGUUAGCAGACUUUAUUAUUUUGAGUUGUGGUAGGGUUUCUUAAAGGAUCAGACCUAAAUAAAGUUUGGAAUCGUUGAUUAUAACCCGCAUUUUUUCAAGUUAGCAUAGAAUGACCUUCAUUUCUGAAAAACCAGUUUUGAUUGAAUUUUCGAGCCUUUACUGGUUUUUUUUUAAAUCUGAGAUCAUAAGGUAAAAAUGAAGAUUUUCUCUCUAAUUUCUUGCAAACUAUACUUUUUUUGGUUGUUAUUACUCAUUUUGACAUGGUCUGUUAUUGACGAUUUUGACUAUAUUCCUUUAACUUGAGUAUAGUUAUGAUAAUUAUAGUUCAUUGGUUACCAACAUAAACGAUAUGGGAGGGUUUGUGGAGAAAACAAAUAAAGGUGCAUGUCAGAAAUGGGCUGAAAAUGGGGGCCACAUUCCUAGGAAAUAACCUUCGAAUUUUCGUUCCAAUUCAUCUUUUCGAAUAAAGAAUGUUCAGAAAAGCCGAGGAGGAAAAAGCUCGCUGGAAAGCGCAACGCGAUGCUGAGUCUGAACGGGAAUUCGCGCGGAUCGAAGCUGAGAAACAUCUGAAGAAAAAGAAGAUCCCGGUGGUUGAAAAGCCACAAGUUUCGGUUCGGAGUUCAGUCUCUGAAAGUUUAGAACGAGUUUUUAGGAAGAACCGAAGCCGGAGCCAAAAAGAACCAUCCGACGCAUUUUCCGACCUCCUGAGCCAGGUUGUUAUGUGAACAUAUAGUUUCUCUGGCCUCGUCGGCGAGGGAACAGAGAGACACUCAAAUAGUUGCGACCAACGGCUAAUCAGUAUAUUUGAAACAUUUGCAAUAGCAGUAGAGUGUUGAAGCCAUCAAUUUUCUUUAUUCAGGCGCCAACGUCCCAUCUUUCGCCUCUUGUGGACCCAAGACGGAGGUCAAGCCUCAGCCUGAAGUCCGACCGCCGGUCGCCGCGGUUCCAGAAGGAAGUCCGAUGGCCAGGAGAAAGAAGAGCGUCGGCGACGUCAGCGUCAAGUCCGACAUUCGGGAGGUAAUUCUUUAUUUAUUUGUUAUUAAUUAUAUUAUUUUACCGUCGAUAAUGUUUUAGGGACGCGGUUUUUGUUUUUAAUUUUUUGAACAGGAAUUUUGAAUGUAAAAAUAUGGCUCAACAAUUGUAAAUUUUUGUAUGAUCCAAAUAUUCGAAAUUCGGUCUUCCCGAUUGAGAAUUGUUUUUUGAAUAGUAGAAGGACCCUUAGUGAUCAAAGAAAACCGAUGGUUUAGAUCUUUAAAAAAUUGGCGACAAAAUAUUAAUUUUUUUUCCAAAAAAAGAAGCUAGGUUUGGUUAAAGUUUUUUUUUUUCAAACUUGGUACAAAACUUCGAUUUAAAAGCUCAUCGACGAUAUUUGAGAUUCAGGAUCAGCGUUAAGAACUGCAUCUUUUCUAUCCACUCUUGUCCAGAAAUCCUUCUGGCCUUGAAAUUCUUUGAUUUUUCCCGAAUUUCCAGACCUCCAACUCGCCGAUCCUCAAAGCCGUGCCGAAAGGCGACGGCGCUGCUGCGACGAAAAUCCGCAAUGUAAAGGGAAUUUGUUUAUUUAUCAGUGUUUAUUGAUUAGGCGAUGACGUCAUCGCCGAUGGGCAGCGAAAAGAGUGCGAAGCGAUACGCAACGCGGAGAAAAACCCAAGAACUGGUCAACGAGUCGGCUCAGCCCAAGGUAUUUUUUGGCUUUUCAAGCGAAUUUUCGAAGUAAUAUUGGGAUAAUUUGUUUCAGCUUUUUCGGCGUGAUGUUUGUUACGAAACGAAAAUGAUUCCAAUAUUGAAAAAUUGAAAAAAAAGUUUUAGAAGCGAAGAAAGGAGUCAUCGAGAAAGAAAAGGUUUAUCCGCACGGUCCACGAUAUUGACGCCUUGCUCGGUUUCCAGAUUUCCGCAACUUUCGAACAAGUUUUCAUGAAGUUUAGUACAAAUGAAAUUUCAACUUUGCAGCUCGAAAAACUGUUCGAAUUAUCUGCAAAGGAUAAAAUUUCAACGGUGAAUGGGUCCCAAAAACGUGUGAGAAGGUUGAAACCGACGAAGAUUUAUAUCAGCGAUUUGACGGUAGGGAUUUUUGGAAUGGUUCAUUGCGUCGCGGUCUGAGCCAUUCCAAGUGCGACCAGGACGCUUCUAUUCCUUCUUAAUGGUGUUGAGAGCCGUUAGCCUUGAGAAACUUCUUGAGGAACUUUAUAUUGAAGCUCUAAAUUGGUUCAUUUUUCAUCAGUGGCCCGAUUUGGAAUGGCUUGUCGCGUCGCGGUCGCGUCGCGGUCGCGUUGCGGUUCAGCUCAGCCGCUGGCGACCAAGUGUAAUGCUAGUUCUUGUGAACAGAGUUUAGAGCUCUUCCUCAAAAAUUAAUUGAGAAUUACCAAACAAUUUUUCAAUUUUUCAUGGAUGUUUUCACGACUUGUCGCAUUUGGCAGGGAUUUUUAUGAAUGUCUUUAUCUUUCAUAUACUCUCUCGUAUUUCCCAGUGUUUUAUUUGUCGAUUUCAUGAUUUUCAGGACAUCGACAAGCUGUACAAGGCGUCGGAAAUCCGCGACAUCAUCGCUUCCGUAAAUCUCAAUUAACAAAACAAGUAAUUUACUAACCAACCUUUUUCUGUAAAUUCGUGAGUAUUUCUCGUGUCUAUGUAUAAAUUUCUCAUAAAAACGUAUCCAGCCAUUUUUGAGAUGAAUUUUUUGAACGGAUAUUUAAUUUUUGGGUUUCUUAGGUUGCAUAGUAGGGGAAAUUUUUUUUUUUCAAAUUAACACUAAACGCGACAAAAGUCUAUUUUGAAUUACUCUCUUUUCAGCAAAAAAAAUUUCUUUUUUUCAAAUUUUCCAAAAAUUUCCUCAAACCAAAACGUUUUUCCAGCCGUCACAAUUCUUGCCGCCACCACAGCCGACAAAUUCGAUGUUAAUCGGGUUGAGUGCGAGGGGCGCAAUUUCGCCGAUGGCCUACCGUAAUCCGGCCGUCUCUAAUGAGCCCUCAUUUUUGGCGCUUCUCAUGGUGUUGGUGAUGCUGGGCAAAUGGAUAGAAGGGAUAUUUAUGGUGAAAAUUUAA